AUGGCUACUCCACAGCUUCCCCAGGCGGUCGUCGACCACCAGAUGGCCCGUAUCCAUGAGAAUAAGGGGCCGGCAGUCAUAGGUGUCUCUGCAGCUCUUACGGCUCUUUCCUUCGUCAUCGUCGGGCUUCGAUUCGUAGCAAGACUUAAGAUCAAGGCACCUAUCCUCGCAGACGACUGGUUAUGUCUUCCAGCACUGUUGAUGAUCGUUUUGAUGUGCGUUCAACUGGGAUACUCUGUGACAUAUGGCAUUGGAAAACAUCUCGUGGCCACCGAUCCCACUCGAACAUGGGAGAUUAUGCGGAUCGGCUUCUUCCUUUCCAUCACGUAUUCCCUCGUCCAUUUGUUCAUCAAGAUGUCUAUCCUCUGCUUCUACAUUCGGGUUUUUGGCCUCACCUUGCGGUGGUUCAAAAUUGCCGUCUUCACCAUGAUCACUUAUAGCGCCCUCUGGACGGUUUCCAUGAUCAUUUUUGUUCCUUUGCAAUGCCGACCGGUGGCCCAUUUCUGGAACCGAUAUAGGAUCACCGAUCACCCACUCGACGGGGUUUGCUUUACCGAUCCCAGCGCCCCGCCCAUCGCAACUAGUGUGCUCAACACAUUGGGAGACAUCAUCAUCCUGCUCCUUCCGCUGUUCGUACUGAACCAACUUCAGCUUCAGUUGAAGAAGAAGUUGGCUUUGUUCUCGGUCUUCCUUGUCGGCGCCUUCGCUUGCGUUGCCGGCAUCAUUCGGUUAUCAUCGAUCAUCAUGGUCGUAAACAUCAAUGCGGACGUGCCAUGGGUCACCGGCGACACCUACAUGUGGACCUCAAUCGAAGCGUGCGUUGGACUCAUCUGCGCCUGCUUCCCCGCGCUCUGGCCGCUGAUCCGAACCUUCGUGGGCGAGCGGUCCGCGUCGUCGCGAUACGCCCGGAGCAAUUCUGGCAACUCGGGGAAACGGGCCUCCAAUACCAUCGGGGUCCUUUCUCCGACGUACCAGGAGGGCAGAAGGUUCCCCAAUCGUACCAGUGAUAUCGCACCAUGGUAUCGGGAAGCGGAAUCCUAUGAGAAGGAAAAAUCGUCAAGCGAUGAUGUUUCGAUUCGCCCAUAUGAGAAUGACUCUAGAGUAUGA